ACAGAAAUGAAACUUUACCGCCAAGUUUUUGUGAAUUUAAAAGGGGGGAGAGAGAGAGAGAGAGAGAGAGAAGCAGAGUCCGUGGAUGGAAGACGAAGACGAAUCUCUAUCGCCUUCCAGCGAUUCAAUGGAGUCGCAACCUGACACCGAUUCGUCCGAAUCCAUAUCCGAGUCAAACGGCUCUGGAGGCGAUAAUGACGAAGAAGAAAUGCCCCCUGCGCGUUCAGCUCCACCCAGGAACCACCAAAGGAAGUCGCGAAACGUGGAAGCUCUUGUAAGGGGAAACCUAGAAGUGAAGCGGCAACCACUAUUCCCUAGAGUAUAUUCCGUAGUUGAUGCCGAGAGCACAUUAAGGAAGCCCUUUAAACCUCCCUCUUCCAGUGGUUACUCUGAGAACAAGGAGCAGCUGGCACGUCGGCUAUGGGCUCGCAAGAGGUUUGUGCCAUGGGGCUCCACAAGACCUGCACUAGUCAACAUUACGAACAGGUUUAGUACUCCCAACAUAAUUGAGGAGAAUGAUGAUUCAGAGGAGAUCUUAUCACUGCCUCCAGGAAUCGAGCCUCUAGUGCUAUGGCAGCUGGAAGAAUCUGGGGAGAGAGACAGAGACUGUACGUCUAUAAUUGUGGACUCCUUGCUUGUGAAGUUUCUCAGGCCCCAUCAGAGAGAAGGGGUGCAAUUCAUGUUUGAUUGUGUUUCUGGUAUUCUUAGUGCUUCCAACAUCAAUGGUUGCAUCUUGGCUGAUGAUAUGGGUCUGGGGAAGACCUUGCAGUCAAUCACAUUGCUAUACACUCUUCUUCGUCAGGGGUUUGAUGGCAAACCAAUGGUUAAAAAAGCAAUAAUUGUGACUCCUACCAGUCUAGUGAGUAACUGGGAAGCUGAAAUCAAGAAAUGGGUUGGAGAAAGAGUGAAGCUUCUUGCUCUCUGUGAGAGUACUCGAGAAGAUGUUGUCUCUGGCAUUGAUAGUUUCACUAGUUCAUGUAGCCCUUUACAGUUACUGAUUGUUUCCUAUGAGACAUUUCGGAUGCAUUCGUCUAAAUUCAACCAAACUGGAUCCUGUGACCUGCUUAUAUGUGAUGAGGCGCAUAGACUAAAGAAUGAUCAAACAUUGACUAAUCGAGCAUUAGCUGCACUAUCUUGCAAACGCCGCAUUCUCUUGUCAGGGACUCCGAUGCAAAAUGAUCUCGAGGAGUUCUACGCCAUGGUUAAUUUCACAAACCCUGGAGUCUUGGGCGAUGCUACAUAUUUUCGCCGUUAUUAUGAGACACCAAUUAUUUGUGGUCGAGAACCUAUGGCUACUGAAGAAGAAAAGAGGCUUGGUUCAGAGCGAUCUGCAGAACUAAGUGGAAAAGUAAAUCAGUUUAUAUUGCGGAGGACUAAUGCACUGCUGUCUAAUCACUUACCACCAAAGAUAAUUCAAGUUGUAUGCUGCAAGUUGACGCCUCUCCAGUCUGAGCUGUACGACCAUUUUAUACAUUCAAAAAAUGUGAAACGGGCUAUUUCAGAAGAAGCAAAACAAUCAAAAAUCCUAGCCUACAUAACAGCUCUUAAGAAGCUCUGCAAUCACCCAAAGCUAAUUUACGACACAAUAAAAAGUGGGAGUCCAGGAACAUCAGGGUUUGAAGAUUGUUUGCGUUUCUUCCCACAAGAAAUGUUCUCUGGAAGAUCUGGAUCGUGGACUGGUGGUGAUGGGGUAUGGGUUGAACUAUCAGGAAAAAUGCAUGUCUUAGCCCGGUUACUUGCUCAACUCCGUCAGAGAACAGAUGACAGGAUCGUCCUAGUUUCCAAUUACACACAGACACUAGACCUUUUUGCUCAAUUAUGCCGUGAAAGAAGAUAUCCCUUCCUAAGACUUGAUGGGACUACAUCAAUCAGCAAAAGACAAAAAUUGGUUAAUCGUUUUAAUGAUCCAUCAAAGGAUGAGUUUGCAUUUCUCCUGAGUAGCAAAGCUGGAGGUUGUGGCCUCAAUUUAAUUGGUGGAAACCGAUUGGUUCUCUUUGAUCCUGAUUGGAAUCCAGCAAAUGAUAAACAAGCAGCAGCAAGGGUCUGGAGGGAUGGACAGAAGAAGAGAGUCUACAUCUAUAGAUUUUUGAGUACUGGAACUAUUGAGGAAAAGGUAUACCAGCGUCAGAUGUCAAAAGAAGGACUUCAAAAAGUUAUUCAGCAAGAGCAUGUAGAUUCAGAGAAGGGAAAUCUCCUUUCAACAGAAGAUCUGCGUGACUUGUUCACAUUUCAUGAUAGUGUGAGUUCUGAAAUCCAUGAGAAGAUGUGCUGCAGCCGUUGUAUAGGAGAUGAAAUUAUCUCUAACAGCAGUAUGGGAUCUAAUUACACAAAUGGAGGCUUCCAGCCUGAUGAAGAGGACAUAGGGGGAUUUGCAGCUAUUGCUGGGUGCUUAAACAAUUUAAAAAACCAUGAGAAACAGGUUGGAAAUCCAAAGGAAGAUGAUUUAGCUAACUGGGGGCAUCAUCACUUUCCAUCUUCUGUGCCUGAUUGCAUAUUUCAGGCUUCAGCUGGAGACGAGGUUUCAUUUGUUUUCACAAAUCAAGUAGGGGGGAAGCUUGUCCCCAUUGAAUCAACUGUGAGAUCAAAGACAGAGGAGGUGGAUGAUCAAGAAAAACAGACGAAUUUCAGAAAACCUCUCCCCCAACGAGCAGUAUUAUCAUAUAAACAUAGAAAAGUGUUGCCAUCAAUCUCUCUUAACAGAGAAUCUACUGGGAGCUCAUUCAAUUUUAAGCCUCUGCCACAGCCUAACUCAAAAUUAAUGAGAACGUUGGAAGGUAAAGCUCAUGUUAUGCUGUCUCCCAAAAUAUCCCCUGGCAAUAAAAUAAAUUCAAAUCAAUUGUCUCCUGCUUGCAUAAACGAUGAUGAUUUUCAGUAGAUUUUGGAUUGGUUAGCUUAUUUUUCCUCUUGUUUCACUAUUUUUUAGACAUAAGAACAGAUAUUAUGAAAUGUUUGACCCUCUUGCUUUUCAAUAAUCCCCGAUUUAUCAACAAAAUAGCUUGACCACUAUGAUUUACGAUAACAUAGUUGUCAAGUUCAGGCUUGAUAGAACAGUAUUUGAAAAGAUUCUUUCUAGUACCAGAACUUGUAUGUAAUAGUAUCUAUUGUAUAUCGUUUUACCAUGAUUGCAUGGUAAACUGCUGUAUUAAAGAAAGAAAAAGGAAUAGAAAUGAACAAUUUUC